UUCUCAAACCAGUCAGACAAGAAAGGGACGCCCUGACAUACGUAGCGUUAGGUUAUUGUCACUGUAAGAUGUUUUUACCAAGAAUAUCCAUGCAUUUCGUUAUUUAGGAUUAAGGAGCCCUGGGAGCCCUUACACUUUUGGAGAGAUUGAUCCAAGCGACUCCCUGGAGGUGCCAAACAAAGACGCCAUGUCAGUGAGUGUUCAUGAGAACCGAAAGUCCCGCACCAGUACGGGGUCCAUGAACAUCUCACUGUUCCACAAGGCUUCACAUCCCGACAGCGUCCUGACCCACCUAAACUCCAUGAGGAAACAGUGCAUGUUCACAGACGUGACGCUGUGGGCAGGGGACCGCUCCUUCCCAUGUCAUAGAGCAGUGUUAGCAGCUUGCAGCCGCUAUUUUGAAGCCAUGUUCAGUGGAGGGCUUCGGGAGAGUCUGGACAGUGAUGUGAAUUUCAGAGACAGUAUUCACCCAGAGGUUUUGGAGCUCUUACUGGACUUUGCCUAUUCUUCUCGAGUCAUAAUUAAUGAGGAAAAUGCUGAGUCGUUGUUGGAGGCAGGAGACAUGCUACAGUUUCAUGACAUUCGUGAUGCUGCAGCAGAGUUUUUAGAAAAGAACCUGCAUUCGUCCAAUUGCCUGGGGAUGAUGCUGCUAUCAGAUGCCCAUCAGUGUAAACGGCUAUAUGAGCUAUCAUGGAGAAUGUGCUUGGUUCACUAUGAGACGGUCAGAGAGUCUGAGGACUUCUACAGUUUGUCCAAAGACAAACUCUUAGAGCUGAUCCUCAGUGAUGAGCUAGAGAUCGAGGAUGAACAGGUGGUGUUUAACUCUGUGAUGCGGUGGGUGCGCUUUGACCUGGACGGCCGACGGCACUACCUCCCCGAGCUGCUCCGGGGCAUCAGACUGGCCCUACUGCCCUCUGAGUGUCUGCUGGAGGCUGUGGCCUGUGAGGAGCUGGUGAUGGCCGACAAGAGGAGCAGAUCCAUCGUAGAGGAGGCCAUGCAGUGUAAGAAGAGAAUACUCCAGAAUGAUGGAGUAGUGACGAGCCCAUGUGCACGGCCACGCAAGGCUGGACACACGCUGCUGAUACUGGGGGGACAGACCUUUAUGUGUGACAAAAUAUAUCAGGUUGAUCACAAAGCAAAGGAGAUCAUACCGAAAGCAGACCUGCCUAGUCCCAGGAAGGAGUUCAGCGCCUGUGCCAUCGGCUGUAAAGUUUAUGUGACAGGUGGGAGAGGCUCUGAGAACGGCGUGUCCAAAGACGUGUGGAUUUAUGACACUGUCCAUGAGGAGUGGUCAAAAGGGGCACCCAUGUUAAUAGCCAGAUUUGGACAUGGUUCUGCUGAGCUGGAAAACAGUCUGUAUGUUGUAGGAGGACACACAGCAAUAGCAGGUGUAUUUCCUGCUUCUCCAUCUGUCUCAUUAAAACAGGUUGAAAGAUAUGACCCUCUCAGUAAUAAGUGGACAAUGAUGGCUCCACUAAGAGAUGGAGUGAGCAAUGCAGCUGUAGUCAGUGCCAAACUUAAGCUGUUUGUGUUCGGGGGAACCACAAUUCACAGAGACAAGGCAUCCAAGUCUUUGUUUAUGCAGGUCCAGUGCUACGACCCUGUAGGAAACCGAUGGACCAUAGCGGCGGAGUGCCCUCAGCCCUGGCGGUACACUGCAGCUGCUGUUUUGGGGAGUCAGAUUUUCAUUAUGGGAGGAGACACUGAAUUCACCGCUGCCUCGGCCUAUCGUUUUGACUGUGACACAAACCAAUGGACUCGAGUGGGCGACAUGACGUCCAAGCGUAUGAGCUGUCACGCCGUAGCCUCUGGAAACAAACUCUAUGUGGUCGGAGGCUAUUUUGGGACGCAGAGGUGUAAAACUUUGGACUGUUACGAUCCCACUUCAGAUAGUUGGAACUCCAUUACAACUGUGCCUUAUUCACUCAUCCCAACUGCCUUCGUCAGCACAUGGAAACACCUACCUGCCUAAAGGUGAAGGCUACUUGUCUAGUGUUGAGAUUCCUAUGGCCAUUAUGGAAGGACAAACCCAAUGAGAGAACUGUAAGGUGUUUAUGUUUUGGACCACUGUAUUCAUCAACUGCUGCACACCUGUUAAACUUCAGACGGUGGGUCGUGAGGCCAAAGACACACAACGCUUCCAAAAUAAUGUGAUUCUUUUCACAAACGUUUUGAUAGAACUGACUGAAGAUUUGAUGGACUCUUUUAGGUGGAUAUUUUAUUUUUCGACUUUCUUAAAGCUGUUUUAAUUCCCCACUUCUGUAUCAUUCCAACUCUGAAGGCAUAAGCUCUAAUUUCAUAAAAUACACUGUACAAUUUUAGCUCGAACGGCAAGCAAGGUACAAAACACAUUAAUACCCCUUUUCAGCUUGAGGAGAAAAUUGUAUUCAUUCCGAGGCUGCUUUGAAUCAGAAAUUUCCAUAUUGCACAAAGAGGAAAAUGUAACAAAAGCAUGUGCUCUUUUUGGAGAUGGCAAUUAUUCUCCACUUUUUAAAGGCACAAAUACAUUUCAGUUGAUUUCACAAGGUCCGCUGUUUACAAGUCCAUUAUUUUCUAGGUAAGACACAUUUCAAUGGUAAAAGAUUUUGAAUAUGAGGUUGGUGCUGUGCUCCUAGUGUUUUUUGAAUCCUUAAAGGUAAAUUCACACUGAUGGCUACAAUAUAUUUCUACUCCCGCAUACGUAAUAUUGUAUUGACUGCUGAUGAUAGUUUUACACUCAAAUGACGUGGAAUUUUUCAUUUUAGUAUUAAUGAAUGCGUCUUGUCCCACCUCAUGUCUUCUAAUGGUUUUGAUAAGCCAUUGACAAGUUACUUUCUUGUCCAUAACUUUAUAUAUCUUAUUUCUUUAGGAAAACGUGCCUGAAAAACACUGAGUUAUGUUGCCAACUAACAAAACUGUACUGCAAAAAAUAUCCCUAUAACCCUAAAGUUUAUUUAAAAUUUUGUAUUACUAUCAACCAUUACUGUUUCAUCUUUGUUGGAAAUUGACAAACCAAUGCAAAAAAAUCAUACUACAGUCUUUAGAUUGGGUGAUACACAUAAAUACUAUGUGUAAUUGUGAUUUUCAAUAAUAAUGGCCAGAAGUGAAGUUAAAGUGUGUAUGACAGAUUUUAAUGAGUCUCUAAUUCUGACUUAAUUUGGUGGGAUUACAACUAUUGUAAAUAUAAAUUAAAGCUUUACACCAAUCAAGAGGCAAUUUGCGAACAAAAUUUGAAAAAUAUGUUACUACAGGAAGUAGAGACAUGCUGAUACGGAUACUGACACCACGCUAGGGAGAAUUCUAUACAAACAUUCGGCAUAAUCUACACACAAGAUUUUUUCUGAUACUUAAAUAUAUUUUUUUGAAUUCAUAUUUUUUGUCAGAUAAUAAUUUCUAUGUACAUUACAGACGUCUUGCUAGAUAACUGUUAAAGGUGCAUUGUGUAACUUUUCUGGUCUUUUCAAAUGCUUCUCUCCAUGGAGAUUGUUUUGCUUAAGAUGUUUCACAGUAUAGCAUUAAACCUUUUUGUCUUCAAGGAGACCAAACCAGACCAAGUUAUCGGUCAGUUCUGCAGAGGCAGCAUGUUUUUCUAGAUAUUUUUGAGUAGUAAAACAACCUGUAAUUGAGUAAAUAAAGGUUUAAUGUCAUACUGUGGAACACUCCAGGCAGAGUAGUUACAUUUCCAUUGAACGCAGGUGACUGACCUACACCAAAAAGUUACAUAAUAACCUUUAAGGAAUUCUCUAGUAUGAUUUUUUUUAAUUUUUUUUAAUUAUUUUUUUCUCCAACCAAGAAGUAAAAUUUUUAAUCUAAAAUAAUGAUCCAACUGGGGAAAGGGUGUGAAUGUUGUUGCAAAAAUCUUAAAUUUGGCAAUUUCAGUCAUGUUUUAGUCAAAUGAGUAGUCUAACCUGUCAUAGGCACUUUAACUGUAUAACCUCUGAUUCACUUAGUUUAACUUGUCCCAAAGCUACACAGGAACUAACACAGCUAACUGAAGGCAUGCGCUUAGUCUUGUGCACAGAUACCGACCUACAAAUGCACAAACCUGCACACAUCGCCCUUUUUUAACAGAAUAAGCAUGUCUCAAACUAUACGCUACAAUUCGCUGCUGGGACUUUUGUGACAAGCACAGAAUUUAUGAAAUAUCCAUCACUGCAAAUAAAAUUAAUGCAUUUGGAGCCACUUAAAAAUAAGAAAAUAUGCACUUUUCAAACGAGCAGUGCUGAAGAAUACGAGACGGUACAGGACACAAGAUCACCUGUGUAAUUCUGUAAGUAUUUGGUGUAUUUGUAGUCCUUUCUGUGAAGAGAUGUCGUUAUGUUUUGGUCCGUCUGGGUUUGACUGCUGCACAAGAUGAAGGGUUGAUCUUUGUAAAGUUUUCUGAAGGAACAUGUUUUGAAUGGACUGUACUUUUUCUGAAGUUAUCUGCAAAACUAAAGAAAGAUCUUUGUAGAAAUGUGUCAUACGGUUUAUACUCAUGAAUAAACAUUGACUCACUUUUCUAA